CUCUAUUGUUAUUGUGGCGUGCGCGCGAGGAACAGGCAGGCAGGAUGCACGAGGAGACAGCGGGGCCGUGAUGAUAAAACAACACGGAGGAACUCGCGCAGGCUCAACAUCUGGGAGAUAAACAGCGUCCGCGAGUUAUUAGAUUCACCCGCGGCUGUCGCUGUGGAGCGUUUAGCCCCGUGAACACGGAGCCGCACACGGGCUAUAAACACAGACAGACAGCUGUGGUCGCCACAGACAGACACACACGGACAGCGCCGUCUCUGAGACUCCGGCGUUUUUCUGUCCAAGUUCUUCUCUCCGCUCCGGCUCAUGUGGACUGAUUCAGAGCUUGGACAUCACAAUGCCAAUGAAGUUUCUGGUCACUCAUUGGCUGACCAACGUAAUACUAGCAUCAUGUCAGUGAAUCCCCCGAGCAGCAAUGACGCCUGCCUCAGCAUCGUCCACAGCCUCAUGUGCCACCGGCAGGGCGGAGAGAACGAGGGCUUCGCCAAGCGGGCCAUCGAAAGCCUGGUGAAGAAGCUGAAGGAGAAGAAGGACGAGCUGGACUCACUCAUCACUGCCAUCACCACCAACGGUGUCCACCCCAGCAAGUGUGUCACCAUCCAGAGGACACUAGAUGGACGGUUGCAGGUGGCAGGAAGAAAAGGUUUCCCUCACGUCAUUUAUGCACGGCUGUGGCGCUGGCCUGACCUCCACAAGAAUGAACUAAAGCACGUCAAGUUCUGCCAGUACGCCUUCGACCUGAAGUACGACAACGUGUGCGUCAACCCCUACCAUUAUGAAAGGGUGGUGUCCCCAGGCAUCGUUGGUCUCAGCCUCCAGAACACAGCAGCACCAGGCGGCCUCAUCAAAGAGGAAUACAUCCAUGACUGCAUACAGAUGGACCUUCCGCCGGGCAUGCCGCUGUCCGACCAUCAGACGGCUCCUCCUGACCACUACGGCCAGCCGCUGCCUCCCCCACAGAUGUCCUCUGACCCGCUUGGACCUCCACCUGUCAGCAGAUACACUAACCUGCCCGUCUCACCCAAAGUGUCCUGCUCUGGCCCCAUGCUGCCACUGCAGGGAGGUCACGGCGACGGACGUCUCCAAACGGCGUCUCCACAGGCUCAAGUCAUGACGCCAGCACCCCGACCUCCGACCCCGACCCAGCCCCCGCCCCAGCAGCAGGCCACCCAGCAGCCUUCGCAGCCGCCGCACUCACAGCAGCCCUCUCUACCCACGUCUCACUCUCAUGGACAGAAUGGAUACAACAGCAAUAAACACUCUCAGAGUCAGCCUGUCUUCCACACCGUAUGGACAGGCAACAACACGGCCUCCUACACUCCCAUAGGACCCCAGCAGAAUGGACGUCUCCAACAACCUCCUCUCCAUCACCCCAACCACCACUGGUCACAGCAUCACGCCUCAACCUCUUUCCCUCCUUCUGUGUCCAAUCAUCCAGGACCAGAGUUCUGGUGCUCCAUCUCCUACUUUGAAAUGGACGUUCAGGUGGGCGAGAUGUUCAAGGUGCCCUCCAGCUGUCCUGUGGUGACCGUGGACGGUUACGUCGACCCGUCGGGGGGCGAUCGCUUCUGCCUCGGCCAGCUGAGCAACGUCCACCGCACGGACGCCAGCGAGAGAGCCAGGUUACACAUAGGCAAAGGCGUGCAGCUGGAGUGCCGUGGCGAGGGCGACGUGUGGAUGCGCUGCAUGAGCGACCACGCUGUGUUUGUACAGAGCUACUACCUCGACAGAGAGGCGGGCCGAGCGCCAGGCGAUGCUGUGCACAAGAUCUACCCCGGCGCUUAUAUCAAGGUGUUUGACCUGCGACAGUGCCACAGACAGAUGCAGCAGCAAGCAGCGACGGCUCAGGCUGCAGCUGCUGCACAGGCAGCUGCUGUGGCAGGAAAUAUUCCCGGUCCAGGAAGCGUCGGCGGCAUCGCGCCUGCAGUCAGUCUGUCUGCGGCGGCAGGGAUCGGCGUGGACGACCUCAGGCGACUGUGUAUCCUGCGACUCAGCUUCGUGAAGGGCUGGGGGCCCGACUACCCUCGGCAGAGCAUCAAACACACCCCCUGCUGGGUGGAGGUCCACCUGCACCGCGCUCUGCAGCUUCUAGAUGAGGUGUUGCACACUAUGCCACUGGCAGACCCCGGGCCUGCCAACUGAAGACCAAACCUUGUACAAAUUCCAAUCAGGAUUCUCUGAAUGUGCGCACACAGACACACGAUAAGAUGGUUUCGCUUCAGGCCAAAUAUGUAAUUUAAUUGAUACACACACACACACACACACACACA